AUGAAUGGCCUUCCUCUGAAUGGCUCGACGCAGUCGUCUUCCUUCACACCCGGCCAGCCCACUGCCGCCCCGAAGAAGGGUAGGACACGGCAAUCCGGCACGGCAUGGACUCGAUCAGGAUGCAUAACCUGCAAAAAAAGGCGCAAGGCCUGUGAUAAGACCAAACCAAGUUGCAACAAUUGUCUCAAGCAAGGCCGGACAUGCGAGGGCUAUGGCUCUAUAUGGGUAGAACCACUAGGUCCAUCGGCGCAGGUAUUCUCACAGAUGGAGACUUCCAAGCGCCGACGGCUCAGUGCGUCCUCGCAGUCUCAAUUCCCUUCGCCUGCGCCGUCUCCGCCCUCGGAUGCAUGGCUCGAGCCUCGGUUAUCUCCUGCGCCGGAGACUUCCCUGGGCUGGUCUGUCUCAUCUUCUCCUCGGGAGUAUAUACCGUCCGAGGCGGUUAUCAUUCCGGUCCAGGAUGUAGAGGAAUACAGACCUGGCCCGGAAAUUGAUUUUCAUAGCUCUGUCGCGGUGAUCCCACAGCCCCAAGGAUAUAUCAGUCAUCUCUCAACACAUGAGAGUCACUACCUCCAGUAUCACAUGGAGCAGGGAUCUCGACUGUUAGCAAAUCUAGAGAGUCAUGAUAACCCCCUUCGGUCGAUGCUAAUUCCUAGGGCAAUGUCAUCACCUCUACUGAUGAAGGCCGUAUGUGCCGUCUCUGCUCUUCAUCUAGCAAAUCGCUCCCAAGGAUCCGGGGCACAUACUGCUGCAGUCAAAUACUAUAGUGGAACACUCAACGGGCUCCGCACAGCACUGGAAAAGUGUUCAACGGAGGUGUUCCCCGACGACGCCAUGCUGGCGGUCGGUCUACUAUGUAAAUACGAGAUCGUGCGUGGUAGCGUGAAGCAGUGGGUUGUUCAUCUCAAUGCGUUGCAACGUCUAAUUGUUUCACGCGGGGGAUUUGCUUCAAUGGAUCGAGAUGCAGCUGAGUUCUUGCGUGGACUAUUUGUAUAUGCCUAUCACAUGGCCCGAAUCUGCAACCGCAAUUGUAUCAUUCCUACAGAUAUUUCUGUCGACAGUGAUAUCGGUAUCCCUAAAUUGGACAUAUAUAUUGGAUACACCGAGGAAAUCCUCAAAUUAUGUGCACGCAUCGCAGAGCUGCCUUCCCUGCAAGCUGAUACGUUGGCUCUUCAACUCAGCGUUGCAUCCAUGUUUGUCUCUCUCCGUUUCUACAAUAAAAUAAUCCAGUCGAAUCUCCGUAUUAACAUCUUAUCUAGAAACGAAUCCCUCCUCGCCUGGUCUCACACCUCAACCCCUUACAUAAUUCCCCAGGGAACAUCACCAGCAACCCUAACUCGACUUCAACUGGUAGCUGAAUGUUUCCGCGACGCAGGGUUUGUCUAUCUCCACUCAAUCAUGGAGCGCAUUAGUAGAAACCAUCCAGAUACCUCUCCCACCGCCAGCUCUGGUACCAUUGUCAACACUCAGAUGGAGGAGAACCCAUUUCCCUCAGCACAAGACUGGGCUCCUCUUAUCUCCACGCCGAAAAAUGUCGCCGUCUACCGCUGUCUUGGCCGCAUUGAAACUUUCCCGCUGGGUGACCACUGCGAGUACUCGGCGCUCACAUUCCCGCUCUUUAUAUCUGGAUGUGAGAGUGAUGACGUAGCGGAUAGGGAGGUUGUGCUUCGUUCCUUGGGCAAGCUACAGGAUAACUUUGGGAUCGGGAAUGUUAAGCGUGCAAAGGAGUUGUUGGGGAUUUUGUGGGCUAGACAAGAUGCCAACUUUGAAGCUCGGUUUGUUGGGAUGGGUCAGCAGAAAAAUGUGCAUUGGUUAGAUAUUGUCGAGGAGCUGGGAUGGGAAUUGAUUCUUGCUUAG